AUGCUAACAAGCAAAGGCAUCGCUCUUAUCACUGGAUGCGCGCAGGGAAUAGGACGCGCUACCGCCUUGCGUCUCGCAUCCGACGGGUUCAAUCUCGCGCUGAGCGAUCUCCUUUCAAGGCGAGUGGACGUCGAAGCGCUCGCCUCGGAGAUAUCGAGAGUGCGGCAAGAUAUCAGGUCAUUCACUGUCUUCGCCAACGUGCAACCUGAGAGUGAUGUCAAGAACAUGGUCGCAUCUACUUCUGAGGAGCUGGGAGGUGUCGAUGUGCUUGUCGCAAGCGCAGGUGUUAUCCGGAUCAACGCGCUACGCAAAUUGAGUGAGAAGGACUGGGACGACACUUUCUCCGUCAAUGUCAAGGGUCUGUUCUUUUGCUAUAAACACGUCGGGGAUCAGAUGGUCAAGCAAGGCCGCGGUGGGCGUAUCGUUGGUCUCAGCUCUAUGGCAGGAAAUAUGCAUAUUUGA